AUGGGUGUAACCAGUCCGCGACUCCGCCUCUACCCCCGCAACGGCUCGCUGCCCGGACUGGGGACGUUCCACUACGUCAUCAACACGGACGCGUGCGCCGCGGAGGAGGAGGUCACCAUGCUGAUCGUGGUGACCUCUCACGAGGGCAACCAGCGGCUGCGGUCAGCCUGGCGGCGCCUGCUGCCUGCCGAGGAGCUGGGGAGACUCGGAGCGCGGCGUGUGUUCCUGCUCGGCCGUCCGUCGCAGCAGGAGGGCUACACGAGCGUCAACGAGAGUCUGGUGGAGCUGGAGAGCAGCCAGCACGGCGACAUCGUGCAGGGAGACUUCAGCGAGAGCUACCGAAACCUGACGCUCAAACACCUGAUGGGCCUGCGCUGGGCCUCCGACUACUGUCCACAGGCGCGCUAUGUGGUCAAGAUGGACGAUGAUAUCGCCGUAGAUGUGUAUCAGCUGCAUGAUAAACUAACCGAGCGCUAUGCGCCGCGCGACCUGCUGCUCGGUCUCAUUCACUACGACAUGCAGCCAGUGCGCGACCCGGCCAGCAAGUGGUACGUGCCGACGGCCGAGUACCCUGGAGAGUUUUACCGGCCGUUCCUCUCCGGGUGGAUGUAUGUCGUCUCACAGGAUGUGAUCACUCGCCUGCUGGCCGCCGCCGAGCGCCGAGCGAACUUCUGGAUCGACGAUGUGCAUGUGACGGGCACGCUGGCCAGUGACGCGGGUGUGAGGCUGAGCAGUCUCAACGCAUACUACACACCUCACGCGACGCAUCUCGAGUGUUGCGCUCGUACGGAGGACCUCCUCUGUGACUACCUGGUGGGGCCGGCGGGUGGUGACGAGGCGCUGUUGUCGGACUUUCUGGGCCAGGCGCGCGGCUGCUGGCGGACCGGCUGUAUGCGUAGGAAGCCGGAGGUGUCAGUGGCUCGGACCUGUGUGGGUACGGACAAGUACCGGCACCGAGAGCUGGGUCAGGGCACGGCAGAGGUGGUGGCCGUGAGCUGGGGCGCCAGCUGA